GAGUCAGGCGAGUGGGUGACAGGUCGCUCUUGCCAGGGAAGGGUGCUCACUCGGCAAGUUGGAACUGAGUUUCAGAAGGACCAUGCCGAGAGAGGGCAGAGCUUCCCAGAAGCAGCACCGGGACCCAGAGUCUUCAGGGGAGAUGGUGUCCAUGAGGGAAUAGAAGUCUCCUGUCUUGUCUUAAGCUCUGCUGGAUCCCGUGUGACGUCAGCCAGCCCCUUCGCUGCUGCUGGGAGUUCUGAGCUCCCUGCUGGGCCCGGUCGGUCGGCACCAGGCACUGACACAUCGGCCCUUGUUGGGAGAACAGUGUGGGCUCUCUUGUCCGCUGUGGUCCUCGGCUCCAGCCGCUGCUUCUCCCGGAGGCCUCUCCUCAGCUGCACAGAGCCACCUGAUCACACCCUCAGAAUGGCCUCUAGCCCUGACGGGAUGCCUAGCCCACAGCCCUCCGGAGCCAAUGGGAACAUCAACCUGGGACCUUCGGCCAACCCGAAUGCCAGGCCCACAGACUUCGACUUCCUCAAAGUCAUUGGCAAGGGGAACUAUGGGAAGGUCCUACUAGCCAAGCGCAAGUCCGACGGGAUGUUCUACGCAGUGAAGGUGUUGCAGAAAAAAUCCAUCUUAAAGAAUAAAGAGCAGAGCCACAUCAUGGCGGAGCGCAACGUGCUGCUGAAGAACGUGCGGCACCCCUUCCUCGUGGGCCUGCGCUAUUCUUUCCAGACGCCUGAGAAGCUCUACUUUGUACUCGACUAUGUCAAUGGAGGAGAGCUCUUCUUCCACCUGCAGCGGGAGCGUAGGUUCCUGGAGCCCCGGGCCAGAUUCUAUACUGCUGAGGUGGCCAGCGCCAUCGGCUACCUGCACUCCCUCAACAUCAUUUACAGGGACCUGAAACCGGAGAACAUUCUCUUGGACUGCGAGGGACAUGUGGUGCUGACAGACUUCGGCCUUUGUAAGGAAGGCGUGGAGCCCGAGGACACCACGUCCACAUUCUGUGGCACCCCCGAGUACUUGGCUCCUGAAGUGCUUCGUAAGGAGCCUUACGAUCGGGCGGUGGACUGGUGGUGCUUAGGAGCAGUCCUCUACGAGAUGCUGCAUGGCCUGCCACCCUUCUACAGCCAAGACGUGUCCCAGAUGUAUGAGAACAUUCUGCACCAGCCACUACAGAUUCCUGGAGGCCGGACAGUGGCUGCCUGCGACCUCCUGCAAGGCCUUCUCCACAAGGACCAGAGGCAGAGGCUGGGCUCCAAGGCAGACUUUCUGGAGAUAAAGAACCAUGUAUUCUUCAGUCCCAUAAACUGGGAUGACUUGUACCACAAGAGGCUGACUCCGCCCUUCAACCCAAAUGUGGCAGGACCUGCUGACUUGAAACACUUUGACCCAGAGUUCACCCAAGAAGCAGUCUCCAAGUCUAUUGGCUGCACCCCUGAUACUAUGGCUAGCAGCUCAGGGGCCUCAAGUGCAUUCCUGGGAUUUUCCUAUGCCCCUGAGGAUGAUGACUUCUUGGACUGCUAGGAGAAGCACUGGUGAAGCCUCUGAGGCCAGCUGGUAAUAGGAGGAAUUACUUUCGGCUGCUAGUAAGACUCAACAUAAUGUAAUAAGUUUGAUGGAUUGAACAAGAAGUAGGGUCAUUUUUUCCCCAUCACAGAGAAGGACAUUGUUAGGUGACCUGGGCUGGUAGGACAGGUCAUUAGAUACUCAGAGGCUUUCCGUAUUUCUAUUGGGUCUCUUGACAAAUAGCUUCUGAUAGUAGAGUUGAUAUAUUAUCACAAGAUGGUUACUGGUUCUCUCAUCUCCACUUUUGUGUCCUGGACAGGCAAAAGGAGGAAAAGAUGAGAGGGGACAUCAAAAGGGCACUGUUAAAAGUGCUUUCCCAGCUGGAUGCAGUGUACAUGCUUAUAAUCCCAGUGACUCAGGAGGCUGAGGCAGGCGGAUUGCAAUUUGAGCCAGUCUCGGCAAUUUAGCAAGACCCUCAGCAAUGUAGCCGGAACUUGUCUCAAAAUAAAAGAUUUAAAAAAAUAAAAAAAAAAGACUGGGGAACUGGGGAUGUGGGUUCGAUCCCCAGUACUCUGCCCCCAAAAAGUGUUUUCCCAGAAGCUCCAUCCAAUGACUUGCGCUGAUAUCUCAUUAACCAUCCUUUACUGCUGUAAUGGAGCCUGGGUACACGAAGACCCUUAAUAGCAAAGAGCUCUAAUGCUAAGGGAGAUGCGGAGAAUAUUGGGUGGGCAACCGGCAUUCUUUACCAGAAGGCCUCUUGAUGUUUGGAUACUGAACUCAGUGCAUAAAAAGACAGAGCUGUAACAAGCCUACAAGGUACUACCCAAUCUCUCUUAUUCUGUGUUGAUAGUUUCUUUCUUUGUUGUGGGUAGUAUACUGGAUGUGUACUCUUUGCUAUUAUUGGUUUGGCUGCCUGGCAUCUAAGCCCCUUCUAAUAGACAGGGAAUUCCUUACUUUAUGAGCCUCGAUGAGUCUCCCUAUCUCCACUCAAAAUGCCAUAUAUUGACUUUCCCCUGAGCUAGGGCCAGGAACGUGACCCAGCAAUACACCCAUGCCAUGCUUUGAACCAAAAACGGAUCAGAAGCUCUCUUUCAGGUGGCUGUGGUAAUGGUACCUACAAAACUAGGUUCCUGGUGUAGAGGUGGCAACAGUGCAAACUGUAGUAGUAAUGAGUCCUCAGCAGCAGCAACUGGAGCAGUUUCCUCAUCAGCCCAGUGCUGCAGCGUCUGUCAUUCCUUGAAGCCUCAAGUCCCAUUCUCAAGCUAUGCCAAGGACUUAAAGAGCAUCUGACUCACCGUUACAUACAACGAUAAUGCACUAAUAAAAAAUAUGGAAAGUAAAGGGCUGGGGAUGUAGCUCAAUGGUAGAGCACUUCUGGGUUCAUUCCUCAGUACCACCAACAUAAAUAAUAACAUAACAAUUGGGGGGCAGGUCUAGGGGAUUGAACCCAGGGGUGCUCUACCAUUAAGCUACAUCCUCAGCCCUUUCUAAAAUUUUGAGAUAGGGUCUUGCUAAGUUGCAAACUUGCAACCCUUCUGCCUCAGACUAAGCUUCUGAGCCUUUUAACACUCCUUUUUUUUUUUUUUUUUUGGCUUAAUUGGGCAAAGUCAGCUUCAGAAUGCCUGUCUACGCUGAGCAAGUUUCUCUGUUAGACUCUUCAUUGCCCAUUAGCAAUUUUCUUCCAAAUAACCAUAAGAAGGAAUUAUUACGAUUUUAUUUUUUGCCAAUUGAGAAACAGAGUUGGAGAAGUUAACUUCUUGCUUGAAGGCUAGGCCGUUAAUAAAGGCUAGAUCUGGGAUUUAGAGCCACAUAACCUGGCUCCAGGGCUCUCACCUUUAACCUCUGUGAGAGUUUGCCCUUCACUCAGACUGUUAGGUCCAAGCAGAAUGACUAUCAAAAUUUCUAAUGAGAGCCAAAGUAAGAAUUGGCUAGAAUAAGCCAGGUGGUGAGAAAAAGAGGUCUUGUGGAAAAGACAGUGAACUGGACUCCCACUCAUGGUCUUAGUUUGGUUGUCAAAAUCAUGCCCUGCCCCACUUCACAUGGGCAGCUCAGGCCUUGGUGACUAGAGCUUCCUGGUCACUUAUGCAGCUCUGUAUGUUCAGUAUUAGUCAUUUCUAAAGGCAAUUCAUAUUGGACAGAAUGUGAACAUGCACAACCUCAGGAAUUCAAGACUGCUCUUAUGGGAUGAAUUAUACUGCCUUAUUUUGGUAGAAAAGUGUUUUUUUCUUCACAAACCUGUAGUAUGUACUUCAUGUGGCUUUAUUAGUUUUUUGAUUUGGGGACAAGGGGAUCGAUGUGCUGGCAAUUUUAUUGCCUUUGCCUCUGAACUCAGUCCCACUCUCUUCCUUCCAUUUUGUUUCCCUCAAUCUCCUACCCCAGGAAUUAUGGGGGUGGCCGGGAGAGCAUGGAAAGAACACUAGGGACACUGACCUAAAGCUGGGUCAGGAAGAACCGAUGUUAAGUUUUGACAUGUGCUGAGAAUAUUGAAAGAAACUGAUUUCCAUCUUAAUAGUGCUUGCUAACUGCCAAAUUUGGAAUGUGAGGACAAAAUCCCAACUCAUCAAAGCAAAAAUCAAGAGUGUAACUAUCAGACAUAAUAGUACUGUUAAAAGUACACAAUCAGCUAUGAAUUGUGAAGAGAGUGAUUCUAUCCAAGAUUGUAAAGUCACAAAAAUUUUCACCAGGACAGAAAAUAAAAAUGAAGAAAAACUAUGCUACUGAAUUGAUCGUGCUACACCUAUGUUUAUGGAGCACAUUCUAAGUUUUAUAUUUUACAAUUCUCACUAUAAGCCAGCAUUUAGAAAUUAUUAACCUCAUUUUAUAGGUAGGAAACAUUCACUCAGAGAUUAAGCAACCUGCCCAAGUUCUUGUACCCAGCUGGUGCAAGUCACAGCCAGGAACAGAACUUGGUGGCAGGUGACUGAAAAACCUUGUUAUAUGACAGUGAGAGAAGUGCUUUUGGGCAGGUGCUCUUGGUCUUCAAGCAAUUACUGACUGCACAAAAGGCAGAAGGAUCAGAAGGAUCCAACUACAUGACUUCCAUUUUUAUCCCUAACUGCAGACUGUAUUCAUCCAACUGUGCACCAGUAGCAGCUUCUGUAAGAGAAUUUGUCCAGGAGAUACAGCUCAGUGGUAGGGCAUUUUUGCACGUGGAUGCCCUGGGUUCCAUUCCUUUCACAGGGGGAAAAACAAAACAAAACAAACAAAAACCUCUCAUUCACCCUCUUCCUCUUUUAAAUCUGCUGUCUUGGUAGUUGUGAAAAACCAACUCAAGUUGUGUGUGUUUUAAUACCCGAAACCCCCAAUACUCUGUAUAUAUUGAAGACAAACAUAAAUGUAAACAAAAACUGUCA